UCCACGACUAUCACCCAUGUCAUACAUCGAAGUAUCCAAGAUUAGUAGUGGGUUGGGUAUGCUGAAGGGGCGUUAGCUGGUUCAUAUUAGACUACUAGUUGCUAACUUUCUAUUACCAAGUGCUGGAAGCCAAGAUCUUAGUUUAUUUUAAAAUCCUGACUUGCUGUUCAAUAUUUCAGUUAAGAUUGACUUGUUUCCAGCACUUGGUAAUAGAAAGUCAGUUAUAUAAUGACUUGCUUCACAUGAUCUUAGUUAUAUAAUCAAUUGGAUACAGCUUCCUUGCUUCAUAAUUUCAUAUGUUAUGUUUCAUUGCUCCAACUGUGUACAAUGAGCAGUUGUGCACUACUAAAGCCCUGUGUCUCUAUGCAUAUAAAUAAAGGUUUGAUAUAGUUUUCGUUUAUAUCAAACUCCCUCAACUUUAUAGAGUCUUGCUUUCAGCACUAACAUCCAUGGAAUGUAACUUUCUUGGAUGAAAGUUACAGAAAAGCUUGGUGGGUUUCUGUUUGGUUGUGAAGAAAGUGUAGACUAGUGGCGGUUGGCUUGGCGGGGCACGAUACAAACGAGUAGUAGUGCACGAUGAUUGAGCAGUUUUGACAUGUGGAGAAACGAGGAUACUUCAAUGGAAGCUUUCUCCAAGUCUUCUCGUGAAGAAGACGAUGAAGAAUCUCUCAAAUGGGCUGCUAUUGAGAGAUUGCCUACUUAUUUACGCAUAAGGAGAAGUAUACUCGCUGAUCAAGAAGAGGGUAAAGCCAGAGAAAUUGAUGUCAAGGAUCUUGGAUUACUAGAGAGGAAGAAUUUGUUGGAGAGGUUAGUGAAGAUUGCUGAGGAAGAUAAUGAGAAAUUCUUGUUCAAGCUCAGGGACCGCAUGAAUAGAGUUGGACUUGAAUUUCCAACAACUGAAGUGCGGUUCGAGCACUUAAAUGUUGAAGCAGAAGCUUAUGUAGGAAGCAGGGCAUUACCUACAAUGUUCAACUUCUCCAUUAAUAUGUUAGAGGGGCUCUUGAAUUGUGUUCAUCUUCUUCCUAGUAGAAAGAAACCUUUGCCAAUCCUACAUGGUGUAAGUGGAAUAAUCAAGCCAAGAAGAAUGACACUGCUUUUAGGCCCUCCAGGCUCCGGAAAGACCACAUUGCUAUUGGCAUUGGCUGGAAAGCUUGGUAAAGAUCUUAAAAGAUCUGGAAGAGUUACCUACAAUGGACUUGGGAUGGAUGAGUUUGUACCAGAGAGGACAGCAGCUUACAUUAGUCAAUAUGAUCUUCACAUACCAGAGUUGACUGUGAGAGAAACUCUAGCUUUUUCAGCAAGAUGUCAAGGGGUCGGACCACGUUAUGAAAUGUUAGUAGAACUACUAAGAAGAGAGAAGGCUGCAAAUAUUAUGCCAGAUUCUGAUCUUGAUGUCUACAUGAAGGCAGCAGCACUAAAAGGACAGGAAACCACUGUGAUUACAGAUUAUAUACUCAAGGUUUUGGGACUUGAAGUUUGUGCAGACACCAUGGUAGGGGAUCAAAUGAGACGAGGUAUAUCUGGUGGCCAAAGAAAGCGACUCACCACAGGGGAAAUGCUUGUUGGGCCAGCAAGAGCACUUUUUAUGGAUGAGAUAUCAACUGGCCUGGACAGUUCAACAACAUUUCAGAUAGUAAAUUCACUACGACAAUCCAUUCACAUUCUCAAUGGAACUGCUGUAAUCUCUCUCCUGCAGCCAGCACCAGAAACUUAUGAUCUCUUUGAUGAUAUAAUUCUCCUCUCAGAUGGGCACAUUGUGUAUCAAGGUCCUCGCGAAAAUGUGCUUGAGUUCUUUGAGUACAUGGGCUUCCGAUGUCCAGAGAGGAAAGGAGUCGCUGAUUUCCUCCAAGAAGUGACAUCAUGGAAAGACCAAGAGCAAUAUUGGACCGAUAAAGAUAAGCCUUAUAGCUUUGUCACGUCCAAGGAAUUUUCUGAAGCAUUGCAGUCAUUUCACAUUGGUCAAGAACUCGGUGAUGAGCUUGCUAGACCUUUUGACAAGUCUAGAGGAAACCCUGCAUCUUUAACAACUGAGAAGUACGGCGUUAGCAAGAAGGAACUUUUUAAAGCUUGUCUGUCUAGACAUUAUUUGCUCAUGAAGAGGAACUCGUUUGUCUACAUUACCAGAAUGACAAUGUUUCUCAUAACUGCUUUUGUGACAAUGACACUAUUCCUACGGACUGAGAUGCACCGGGAUACAGUAGAAGAUGGUGGCAUUUAUAUGGGAGCUAUGUUCUUCACAAUGAUGGUAAUUAUGUUCAAUGGAUACUCAGACCUUGCUAUGACUCUCAUGAAACUUCCUGUGUUUUACAAGCAAAGGGACCUGCUCUUCUAUCCUGCUUGGGCAUACUCUUUACCAACAGUGAUUAUAAGAAUCCCCAUGACCUUUGUGGAAGUUUCCAUUUGGAUGGCCAUCACUUACUACGGUAUUGGUUAUGAUCCAAGCAUUGGAAGGUUCUGCAAGCAGUUCCUUGUACUAGUGUGCAUUAGCCAGAUGGCAAACGGACUGUUCCGAUUGAUAGGUGCAUUAGGAAGGAACAUGACUGUUGCAAACACAUUUGGAUCUGUUGCUUUACUAUGCUGUUUUGUUCUGGGUGGCUUUAUGUUAUCACGAGAGGAGAUGAAGAACUGGUUGUUGUGGGGAUAUUGGCUCUCACCGAUGACGUAUGGAACGGAUGCAAUGGCUGUCAAUGAAUUUUUUGGAAAAAGUUGGAGACAUGUUCCUCCCAACUCAACAGAAUCGUUAGGAGUUAUGGUCUUGAAGUCUCGAGGGGUAUUCCCAGAUGCAAGUUGGUACUGGAUUGGAGUAGUAGCUUUAUUUGGAUAUUUUCUUCUGUUCAACUUCCUUUACACUUUGGCACUUCAGCUUCUGGAACCACUUGAUAAGCCUCAGGCAGUAUUGUCCAAAGAGGCUUUGGCAGUGACACACGCCAUGAAAACUGGAGAGACCAUUGAGCUAUCGCCAACAGGAAACAAUUCUAUUGGAGUAGGGAAUGAAGUUCUAGAGAAUGUGUCAGCCAAUCGUCCCAUGCAGCAAGGAAUGAUUCUUCCUUUUCAACCCCUCUCAAUUACUUUUACUGAAAUCAGAUAUGCAGUUGACAUGCCACAGGAAAUGAAAGAUCAAGGCAUUACUGAGGAUCGACUAGAACUGCUGAAGGGUGUGAGUGGUGCUUUCAGGCCUGGGGUCCUAACAGCUCUAAUGGGUGUUAGCGGUGCUGGAAAGACUACUUUACUGGAUGUCCUGGCAGGAAGGAAAACCGGUGGAUAUAUUGAAGGAAACAUUACCAUUUCUGGGUAUCCAAAAAAGCAAGAAACAUUUGCUCGUAUCUCAGGAUAUUGUGAGCAGACAGAUAUACACUCUCCACAUGUUACGGUUUAUGAGUCUUUGAUUUAUUCUGCAUGGCUCCGGUUGUCCCCUGAGGUUGAUUCUCCAACCAGAAAGAUGUUUAUUGAAGAAGUCAUGGAACUUGUGGAACUGACCUCAAUUAGGGAAGCACUUGUUGGAUUGACUGGAGGGAAUGGUCUCUCGACUGAGCAGCGCAAAAGACUAACAAUUGCAGUAGAGCUUGUUGCCAACCCAUCCAUAAUAUUUAUGGAUGAGCCCACCUCUGGCCUUGAUGCCAGGGCAGCAGCAAUUGUAAUGAGAACAGUGAGGAAUACAGUGGAUACCGGAAGAACAGUAGUCUGCACCAUCCACCAGCCAAGCAUUGAUAUAUUUGAUGCUUUUGAUGAGAUGCUCCUUCUGAAACAGGGUGGCGAAGAAAUAUACGUUGGCCCUUUAGGCUACCAUUCUUCCUACUUGAUCGGAUACUUUGAGGGAAUUAGUGGAGUUUCUAAAAUGAAGAAUGGUUACAAUCCUGCAACUUGGAUGUUGGAGGUUACUUCUGCAGCUCAAGAAGCAGCUCUAGGGAUUAAUUUCACAGACAUAUACAAGAAUUCAGAAGCAUACAGGAGAAACAAGGCCUUGGUCAAGGAACUAAGUAUUCCUCCACCGAAUACAAGAGACUUGUACUUCCCAACAAAAUAUUCUCAGUCUUUCUAUACCCAGUGCAAAGCUUGCUUAUGGAAGCAACAUUUGUCUUACUGGAGAAACCAGGCAUACAGUGCAGUUAGACUUCUUUUCACAACAUUGAUAGCUUUAGCAACCGGGACAUUAUUCUGGGGUCUUGGCUCCAGAAGGCAAAAGCAGCAAGAUCUUUUUAACGCAAUGGGUGCUAUGUAUUCUGCUAUUCUCUUCAUUGGGCCACAAAAUACCUCAACAGUGCAGCCAGUUGUAGGCAUUGAGCGAAUAGUCUUUUACAGAGAAAGGGCUGCCGGAAUGUACUCUGCCUUGCCAUAUGCCUUUGGACAGGUUGGCAUUGAGCUCCCAUACACUUUGAUCCAAACUAUCAUAUAUGUGGUUAUAUCAUACACGAUGAUCGGAUUUGAGUGGACGGUCAGCAAGUUCUUUUGGCAACUAUUCUUCAUAUACUUCACUUACUUAUACUUCACCUUAUAUGGCAUGAUGAGUGUGGCCAUUACUCCCAACAUUGCCGUUUCCGCUGUAGUUUCCACGGCAUUCAACCCGCUAUGGAACGUUUUUUCAGGAUUUAUCAUUCCCAAAUCAAGAAUUCCAAUAUGGUGGAGAUGGUUCUACUGGUCGUGCCCAGUCUCUUGGAGCUUGUACGGAAUGAUUGGUUCGCAGUUUGGAGGCAUUGAGGACAGGCUUGAUUCCGGCGAAACUGUGGACGCUUUUACCAGGACUUAUUUUGGGUAUAGAGAAGACUUUAUGAGUGUUGUUGCAAUAGUGCUCGUAGCUUUUUCAGUGCUCUUUGGAUCCGUCUUUGCCUUUACAAUCAAAGCCUUUAACUUUCAAAAGAGAUGAAAAAGGUAAUACGUCUGUAUUCAUUGUAAAGCAAAUGAUGCCAUGAUUUCUUCUGAUCCAAGUUUUGCUCAAGUCUAUGAUUAUGAUUUAACAUAUGAAAUAGUCAGCAUGACAGCAAAUUUUCCUUACUUUUAUUAGCUUAACCAUAAUUAAUUAAACCUUUUGGGCAAGAAAUUCUUUAGUGGAAUUGUGACUAAGAAGAUAACAAUUGGACUAAAACUUUCAGUAAAAAAUUGGAGCAUAUAUACUAGACAGCUCAACCUAUUGCACCCUUUUUCAUGAUCCUUUGCACCAGAUGUUCUUGCACUCCUGUCAACUAAUGAUUUGCCCUGCACACUCAUUACCAAACACUAAUCAUCGUACUUCUUUCUUUCUUUUUUCCCUAGGUUUUUCUUUUCUGGUUGACUGUUUCUGUUUUUUUUUUUUUUUUUCCUCAGAAAAAUGUCCAUUUACCCAAAUUUAAAUUACAUUAACUCCAUUUACCCAAACAUCUUAUAA